AUGUCGAUCCUUUCGAGGCCACGGCUGCUGCUCCUCGCCCUGCUCGCCGUCGGCCUCUACCACUUUGCGGGGCCUCGCAUCUCCCUGUUUGCGCCCGUCGAGCUUGCCCAGGGCGACGUCGGCGGCGGCGGAGGCGGAGGAGACCACAGCACUGGCAGCCUCGGGGCAGCAAAGGCGCUCAAGGAUGGCCGGAGGACCAUCAGCAAAAGGACCGUCGCCGUUGCCGACCUCCACGGCGACCUAGAGCAUGCCCUCAACGUCUUCCGCAUGGCUUCGCUCGUCUCUUCCACCUCUGAGUCGUGGAUCGCCGGGCACGACACGCUCGUCUCGACGGGCGACAUUGUGGACCGGGGCGAUGACACCAUCAAGCUCUACAGGCUCUUCCGGUCCCUGCGCAUGCAGAGCAAGCAGGCGGGCGGAGAGGUGCGCAACCUCGUCGGCAACCACGAGGUCAUGAACGCGCUCGGAGACUGGCGCUACGUGACCAAGGGCGAUAUCGAGAGCUUCGGCGGUGCGGCCGCGAGGAGGACCGCCAUGUCGACCCAGGGCUGGAUCGGUCAGGAAUGGCUGCGCGACUACAACGUCACCACCACUGUCCCCCUGCUCCCUCCCGACCACCCCGGCCUGCCCAAGGGCUACACGCCUCCCUCCGCCUCUUUCGUCCAUGGCGGUAUCACGCCCGCCUAUGCUGAACGCGGCAUCGACGAGAUUAACCGCAUCGCCAAGUCUCUGCUGCGCAAGGGGCUCGACGAGGAGAGGCCGUCCGGCUGGCUGCCGCCAGACACGACGCCCGAGGAGCAGGCCGUCUGGAGCGAGAGCGGCCCGCUGUGGUACCGCGGCUACGCCACCGAGGACGAGCCCGAGGCCUGCCGCAUCGCCGAAAAGGCCACGUCGGCGCUCGGCGUCCGCCACCUGGUCAUGGGCCACACGCCCCACUUUGACGGCUUUGUGAUGCGCUGCCCCUCGGCCGAGAUCCUCCUCAUCGACACGGGUAUCUCGCGGGCCUACGGCGGCGAGCAGAGCGCGCUCGUCAUCGACUUUGAGCUUGUACCGCUGCCUUCUUCCAAGCAGGACGGCGACCGAGGCCACGGCAAGCAGGAGCUCUGGAGGGAGACCGAGACGCUCUCCGCCCUCUACCGCGGCCGCAAGCCAAAGGUGCUCAAGCGGCUCGAGCGCGACCUCUGGCUCUGA